AUGUUCUCCGCCCACAGCGCAAGCUCCUCCCCGGACGUCCUUGCGCCUCCUGGCGAUGCCGAGUAUCUGAUCUCAUCUCCUUUCAGACCCUUUGCCGGUCGUCAAAGCAGCCUCAUGUCGCCCGCGAACCGCCGCAUCCUCCAGACCCCCGGCGCCGUGAAACGGAAACGCAUCAAUCUCAGCCCUGCGAAAAGCGCACAUUCGAUUCGCUUCGAUGAUAUUGUUCUGCCCGGCUCACCUACGAGAAAUAAUGCACAACAGCGGUCUUCGUCUCCGGACAAGGCUCAAGCGGACGGAAAUGUCAGUCCCUGGCGCAUUCGAGUGACCCUCGAGGCAACACAGGACGAGCAGGAGAACCAAGAGAACCAAGACAGCCCGUCGCGCAAACGGAGCCGACCAACGACGACCACCAUGAAGGUUCCGCUGAAGGAUGACUCAGAGCAGACUCCCCGGCGAAAACGAGGUCGUCCAAGGAAGUCCCGCGGUCCCGAUGUAACUCCGCUUGCUGGCAGCGCUGGUAACACUCCCGGGCCUGGGAACACCCCAGGUCCAGGGAGUACCCCUGGCCCAGGGCAUACACCGGGCCCUGUGAACAGUGCACAGAAGCGGCGGCCGGGUCGACCAAGGAAGUAUCCACCGACGCCUGCCCCGAAUCUAAAUAAUCAACAGCUCAAGCAGCCUCAAAAGCCCGAGGUGGAUGCGCAGGCGGCGGGUCCGGAAUCGAUUGGUAUGGAGUUGGAGAGACGCAGUUGGAGUCCCCUAAACCUCGCCGAUGGCGCCGAGUCUGAUGAUGAAGCCGGCGACAAUCAAGUUUUGAAUGUUCCAUUUGAUGUCUCCGCGCACUCGGAACCUCCGCAAGUGGCCAACGAGGACCAGAAUACGCAGCCGGUCUUGGAACGGACCUAUGAUACACCGAAUGGGGAUGCGAUAGACCGGUUUCAUUCCCAGCAUAGUGACGAUGAUCUGCAUUCAACUCCUUCGAAAAUGCCAUCACCAACACGAGAAUUUCAGACCCUAUCCCCUGAAAAUAGCAUAUAUGCGGGACACACACCUAUGCCGCGGAGAUACCCGACCCCGACUACAUCAUCGCAGGUAGAUGAACGGCAGGACCGCGAUCGGGCUUCUCGGGAGAGAUCCACGAGCGCUAGGCCCAGUGCACAUAAAAAUUACCUUACGAGUGAGUACCGCGAGUUCGAUACUAUCAUGGAGAGUGAAGGUUUUAGCAUGGUCUCUUUAGACACGCUACCCUCAGCUAGACAACACACGGUCAGCAGCAACUCGAAACUGGCUAAAGGCCCUUUGAAGCCAUUCAUUCAAAGAGAAACAAAUGGUGUCAUUAGGCGGACAACAAACGUCUUGGAAAAGCAAUCUGAGGCCACCGCUCCUGAUCCGGAGCCUUCUCCAGCGCAGCAUCUUGAUACCCAGCCGCAUGCUAGCAGUCAACCGGCCACGAAACGAGUGCCAUAUUCUUCUGCACCUUCUACAGAGCCGUCACUUAAAAGCCCUGUCUCCGCGUCCCAACGGAGGCAAUCGCUUCGGUUAGCGAAGGUGGUUAGGACUGGAAUUGCGCUUUCGCGCGUCCUCAGCCGUUCUAACCCCCCGACCACUCUAGAGGGACUUGUUCCUGACUACAUGGAACCUCGACAACGGCUACAGGAAAUGUUUGGUGACUUCAAUCAUGACUCCCAACGAGUUUUAGGAGCGGCUCUAGGACUAGGGCAAGUGCUUGCGAUCAGGCGGAAAGCGAUGGAGCUCAAAAGUCCUCAACGGCGAGCCUUGAUUGAGGAAGAAUUACGUGAAGGGGCCCUGGACAGCCCAGAAAUGGAAUACUCAAGACGCAAUGUAACGAACACUCCGAAUCAUCAGCAACUCGACGGAGCCCUCGACUCCUCCCCGGACACAAUGAUGAAGCAACGGUUUGCGGAGUGGCAGCGGGAGAGGGAAGCUGUCAGCCGUACAAUACAAAUGGCAAACUCGAGUCAAGUUAUUGUUAUCGACAGCGAUAUUGACACCCCGAGUCCAGCACGGAGGGCUGACGAUGAAGAUAUAGAUGAUGCUGAUGACGAUCUUUGGAUGCCAAGGCAGGAAAGAGGCGAAAGGGAGCAAGAGGAAGCAGGGGAUAAUAUCGACAAUGAGGAAGAGGAUUAUGAUGAUGAAGAUCCCUGGCUUCCGAGGCACAACGCUCACCAGAGUGCAGAAGACGACGAUCUGAAAGAAGACGAUGGCCAGGAAGGAGAUGACAACGUUGACCGAAGCCCAAGAAUCUCACUACAGGAGAAUGAACAACAACAGAAGAACGAACAGCAGCAGGAGACAGAUGAGGAGGGGGAGGACUACGACGUGGAAGGCGGAAUCAAUUAUGAUAUUUCCCGAAGUCCCCGAAUCCGCAGUCAGGACGAACAUCUUCAGCAGCAGGGCCAGGGUGAAGACUUCAAGGAGGAUGAGGAGAUUGCCGAUGCCGCUGAAGAUGACGGGUAUGAAGAUAUCUGGCAGGAGCAAGCUAAAGACGAAGGUAAUUCGGGCCGAGGGUCUGUGCUGGAGUCUCGGAACGAUGUGCAAUCGAGUCCAUGGAAAGAUGGCUCAACCCCUGCUGGUCGAGGGUAUGGCACAACCUUUUCCCCUGCGCUUUGGGUGGAUGGGCAAGGGAAAGUACCCUACUUGGGUCAAUCAAGGAUCCGGAAACUGCGAGAGCAAAGAGUCGACCUUUCUGCUCACGCAGAGGAUACUCCCAACCGUGUCCAUUACUACUACGGAAAGAGCAGUCCUCUGAGUUCGACACAACGACCCUCUCCACAACAAGUACCUUCCUCUGCGCUCUCACAGCGGCAGAAGGCUGCUGAAAGGUACGAGACUGAAUCGGUUGAGCAAGACCAGCCGGAAGAGCUAGAAGGUUACCUGGACUUUAGCCCAGAGAGAGAUUCGGAAGACCAAACAUUCCAGAUUGAUCCAACAACUAGACACGAAACCGAAAUGCAACGCCAGUCAGAUUUUGCUGACAAUACCAGCAAUUCUGACCCUGCAGAAGAAAUCUCUGUUCACGAAGAAUCCCUGACACCGAGGAAUCCAAAGCCCGCCCAGAACGUGCAAACAUCAUCCUGGGUUCAAAGGUUUGCAAGCCUCACGCCGGGCUGGCUAAAAGCCCCAGUUCAGAAGUCUAAUACGGAGAAUAAACAAUUAAGCCCGCCAACUAGCCGCGAAGGCUCACAAGACUCAGACCCGGAGGAACAACCCGAGCAAGGCUCCGAGGAGGAAGUCGACCUAUUCGGUCAGAUUCGGCAAGAGGACGCGGGGAAGCGCGUAGAGCCUCCGGACGCUGAUCCAGUGUCGGAUUUUGAGCAGCAGCCAGCUCCCAAUCCGCAGUCCAGAAACGUACGUGCCUUAGCGUCACCAGAGAAAGAGGAAAAGGCAAAGGCACUCGGCGGACCGCCGCGUCUUGCAACAUCCGGCUACUUCUCAAAUGCGCAUUACACGCUACUCCGCCGUCUCUACCGACUAGCCAAACAAUCCCCCCAGAGCUUCCCUUACUACCCAAGCUCUGCACAUGCUGACAUAAUUGGGGACUACAUCUGGACUUCCGACAAUACUUAUGGAGUCCCAAUAACCGAGCUGCAGUUUGCCAUCGUGUACCGGUUCAGACAGGAACUGGCCGCUCAGGAUUUAAGGCUUGGAGGGUCGGGCUGGGUCGGCUGGACGGAUGCGGACCUACAUCGCCGUCUGGUCAGCAUUAUCAUCGGCGAGCAAAUUAGAGAGGAUAGAAAGAACGCCUUCGAUCUGAGGCCUACGCGGUCGAGGCCGAGGAGCAUUCUUCAGAAGGGCUGA